CUCUCCCUCCCUGCCUCCCUCCCUCUCUCCCCCCCUUCUCGCUCUGUCUCUUGAAAGUAAAUUCCAAAAUUAAAGUCGGUGCCAGAAAAUUCGACAAGAUAUUAAGAGAUAGAACAGAUUAAAAGCAAGCCUUACAUAACAGAACCCUUAAUCACUAUAGGACCUUACCACCUGGUCCCUUGCCUUCUCUGCUGGCCUAAUCCUGUUUAUAAAGUGAGGAUAAUUCCAGCACACGCACACACGCACCUGGAGGUGCAAAGACUGAUCUAAAACAGCGCGAUAUUUUCCACAGUGCUUCCCGAACACCGAUCAUGGAGCAAACAUACCUGUUAAACGUUGAAGGCAUUAAAAAGUCAAUAUUGCACGGAGGAACGGGAGAGAUUCCGAAAUUUAAUACCGGAUCGAAAGUCACUUUCCAUUUCAGGACCCUCUUGUGCGACGGUGAUCGUACGGUUAUCGAUGACAGCAAGCGGGUGGGCAGAGCCAUGGAAAUAAUUGUGGGCAACAUGUUCAAGCUGGAGGUUUGGGAAAUCCUGCUGUCGAGCAUGAGGAUCGCGGAGGUGGCUGAGUUCUGGUGCGACAUCAUUCACACAGGCCUGUAUCCAAUGGUGGCAAAAAGCCUGAGGAGGAUUGCGGAGGGCAAAGACCCAACUGACUGGCACAUCCACACCUGUGGGAUGGCCAAUAUGUUUGCCUACAACAGCCUGGGCUACGAUGAUCUGGACGAACUGCAGAAGGAGCCACAGCCUCUCAUCUUCAUCAUCGAGUUGCUAACAGUGGAGUCACCGAGCUCCUACAAGCGGGAAACCUGGGCCAUGAACGAUGAGGAGAAGCUGCGUGAGGUUCCGCUGUUGCACGGACAAGGCAACAAGUUUUUCAAACUGGGGAAAUACCAGGAGGCGGUGACCAAGUAUCGCGAGGCAGUCAUCUGUUUGAAGAACCUGCAGACGAAGGAAAAGCCCUGGGAGACGCAUUGGCUUAAACUGGAGAAGAUGGUCGUGACUUUGGUGCUUAACUACUGCCAGUGCCUGCUGAGGAUGGCUGAGUAUUAUGAAGUGUUGGAGCAAACUACAGACAUCAUCAACAGUCACCCAGGCACUGUGAAAGCGUACUAUCUGAGAGCCAAGGCUCACUCUGAGGUGUGGAACGAACUGGAAGCCAAAGCCGAUUACGCCAAAGUCUUGGAGUUUGACUCCCGAAUGUUGAAAACCGUGAAAAAGGAACUGCUAAUCCUGGAAUCCAGGAUGCAGGAGAAGGAAGAGGAGGAGAAACUCCGGGUCAAGAGAAUGUUCCAGAAUUGACGUCGGAACGCGCGAGACACGUAGGAAUGACGCACCCACAACGUCACGGCCGCGGAAACUAACCCGUGAUGACAUUCG